AUGAGCAAGGCUGCCGCCAUAGUUGCAGUUCUUGUGAGCUCAUGGCUAGUUCUUGCAUAUUCUGUGCCAACAGAAGUUGGAUGCGGCGAAACCUACGACCCCAACGCCGAGCCUAAGUACGCCGCUAACGUUAACACCAUCAUCGAGAGCAUGCGUGUAUCGACAGCAAGCGCUCCGGACAGGGUGUUUACCGCAUAUUUGACGGGUCCUAACGUAUACGGGCGUUCUGCGUGCUCAGCGGAUGCUUCGGUGACUCAAUGCACGGCAUGUCUCACUCUGGCGGUGAAUGAUAUGAGGAACAUAUGCGGUACUACAAGAGGCGGGAGUGGUUCUCGGCCUGUCUGCAACAUGGAAUAUGGACCUUACUGA